UGUCACCCGUUGUACGACUGCGCUCGGGUCCUAAUUUGGGAUCCCGAUGUGGUUUGUUGUGUGGUUGGUGCGGCAACGCUCUAUACCAGUGUAUGCUCCCAACGUCUUUAUCUCUCUUUGUGCAGUAGGUGGCAGCAAUAAGUCACAUAAGCGACCGCACGAGUCAUUUCGAAGAGGAACAGAAGUUGCAGAACGGACGAGUUUUCGUACGGACACAAAGUACCGAGAUAAACCUCUGAUGCAGUGCACGUUAAUACGAUCAGAUGGACAAGGGCAACCCGUGCCUCUUCCAGAUGGAAAGUCAGUAAUCUUAGGUCGAGGUCCAGAGACCAGAGUGGCAGACAAGAAAUGUUCCAGAACCCAGGUAAAACUUGUGGCUAAUUAUGAAGAUCAUACUGUGUUAGUGACCCAGCUAGGAGUGAAUCCCACAUCUAUUGGAUCAGAGCCCCUUGGCAAGGGUUUCACUGGGAAUCUGACAGAAGGGAAGUUGCUAUUCCUGGUAAAUGACAACCACCCUUUUACUGUGAAAUUUUCCCGUCUGCGUCAAACUCAAAGUACAAGUGAGCAUCACAGUGAUCAGGCUGCACGAACUGAGACAGGCACCGGUAUAGGUGGGUCCAAAAGGAAUCAAGAUAUUCGUGAUUGUUUCCACUUUGGACAGCAGGUAGGGAAGAAAAAUCUCCCUAAUACAAGUCCUGACAUGAGGCCUAAAACCAAGAAACAGAGGGUGGAAAAUGUAGAAGAGGAGAAAGAGGAGGAGGAUCUGGAUGAAGAAGCAACUUUGCAUAAACUUACUCAGCUUCAGAAUAGUGCAAAUUCAGCUGCUGCCAUUCAAAGCCAGUCAAGGAUACAUUUAACCCAAAAUAAAACGUUAGACUCCACUUCAUGCCCCAAAGACUGCUGGCAAGAGGAAGGAAAAUUAAUGAUUUUCACAAAGGCUGGAGUUCAGGCCAGUUCAAAGAUUGCUGGCUUUGACAUUGAUGGCACCAUCAUUACCACCAAGUCAGGAAAGGUGUUCCCAGUAAACACGGACGACUGGAAGAUCCUGUAUUCAGAGAUUCCUGGAAAGCUGAAGGAGCUUUUACAGAAUGGCUUCAAGGUGGUCUUCUUUACCAAUCAGAUGGGAAUUGCUCGUGGUAAACUGAAACCUGAAGACUUCAAAAAGAAAGUGGAAGCUAUUAUUCAAAGACUUGAUGUUCCAAUUCAGGUAUUGGUAGCUACAGGCUCUGGAAUAUUUAGAAAGCCAGUCUUGGGUAUGUGGGACUACCAGUGUAAGAAGGCCAGUUGUGGUUUGCCUAUUGAUAUUGACCAAAGUCUUUAUGUUGGAGAUGCAGCUGGACGUCCCGCAAACUGGGCUCCUGGUCGAAAGAAGAAGGACUUCUCUUGUGGUGAUCGACUGUUUGCACUAAAUGCAGGCUUACAGUUCUUUACUCCAGAGGAAUAUUUUCUGGGAUGGAAGAAAGCGCCUUUCACCAUGCCCGAGUUUGAUCCUAGGAAAUUGGAUCCAAAGGCUAGUCUAUUUAGUCCUCCAACGGCCUCACUAACCUCAAAUGAACAGGAGAUCAUUGUUGCUGUAGGAUACCCAGCCUCUGGCAAGUCAACAUUUUUUCAGAAACACCUGGUUCGUGCUGGUUAUACCUAUAUAAGUAGAGAUGUUCUGGGUUCCUGGCAGAAGUGUGUAGCUGCGUGUGAGAAAGCCAUCCAUGAGGGAAAGAGAGUUAUAAUUGAUAAUACCAAUCCUGACAUUGAAUCCCGCAGCAGGUACUUGAAAAUUUCAAGAGAAGCUACAGUACCUUGUAGAUGUUUUCUAUUUACUGCCACCCUUGAGCAGGCCAAGCACAACAACCGGUUUAGGGAAAUGUGUUCUUCUGGCAAAGGCCAUGUUCCUGUUAAUGAUAUGGUCUUCAAUAGUUACAAGAGUAAAUUUGUUGCUCCAUCGCUGGGCGAGGGUUUCACUGAGAUUGUGGGUAUUAACUUUGUGCCUCAAUUUGAAGACAAACAAUCAGAAGCUCUCUACAAGCAGUUUUCAGAGGGAUAACACACAUUUACAGCUGUGGGGAAUAAUAAAGACAACCAUCCCUGACUGAAUGCUCGAAGACCUCUCACUAAGUAUGCCUUGGGGUUAUAAGUAAUAAUAGAAUAACAAACUUGAUUUGCCUGGUAAAUGGAUCUUAGUAUAUUUCAACUAAUUAUCUAGCUAAUUUUCAAUUAAAAUAAAUGAAAAAUAUUUUUAAAUGCUAUGAUGAGUGUUUUUAUCUAUAUUUACUUGUUGGAAAACUGUGUGAGUUACAGAAUGGAUGGAUUUAAGAAUGUUAACUUAACCCUGAAGUGUAUUAAUGAAGAGUUCAGAAAUUAAUAUGUUUUAACUUAUUUUUGGCAAUUUUAGAGAUCAAUAAAACACAGUUACCUUG